GCAUAGCAUAAGCACAAAUCAAACUCAAAAAACGAAGAAAUUAAUUGAAACAUAGAAAUGGGCAGGUCCCCUAGUGAUGAGAAUGGCCUCAAGAAAGGACCCUGGACACCCGAAGAAGAUCAGAAACUUGUUGAUUACAUCCAUAAACAUGGCCAUGGAAGUUGGAGAGCUCUUCCCAACCUUGCAGGUCUCAACAGAUGUGGCAAGAGUUGUAGGUUAAGGUGGACAAAUUAUUUGAGGCCUGAUAUCAAGAGAGGAAAAUUUUCUCAAGAAGAAGAACAAACAAUUCUGCAUCUACACUCUAUCCUUGGAAACAAAUGGUCAGCAAUUGCUACUCACCUACCGGGCCGGACAGACAAUGAAAUCAAGAAUUUCUGGAAUACACAUUUGAAGAAGAAGCUGAUACAGAUGGGUUUUGAUCCGAUGACCCACCGGCCGAGAACAGACCUCUUUGCUACCCUGCCUCAUCUGAUAGCCCUGGCUAACCUGAGGGAACUCAUUGAUCAACCCCCAUUGGAACAAGAAGCUGUUAAGUUACAAGCAGAAGCUAUUCAAUUGGCUAAGAUUCAGUACUUACAACAUCUUAUCCAAUCUUCAGCCUCAUCACACAUCCAAAACAACAUUACAGACAUUGAAAAUCUCAGUUUAUUGAAUUCUAUGCCUCCCAUUAAAGAAAACCCAUUUCUCAAUUCAACACAAGUGUUGCAGAAUCAAGCUCUGUUUGGCAUUGAAAAUGCAACUUCUCAACCACUCCACUAUCCAAUCAUGAACUCAUCAUCAGACCCACAAGUCCCUUUCAAUUUCCAAACACCUUUGAAUAGUGAAAUGGGCCAAGGAAUCAACAACGCUACAAUAAUGAUUAGCCAAGGAGAUGAUCAUAAUCAUAAUCAUAAUAACCCACCUCACUCUCCAUGGAUUCUUCCAUCUCCUUCUUCUUCGUCUGGCCAUCGUCUGCCGAUGCUGAGUGAGAGUUUGGUAAGCAAUCCAGGAGAUGCCAGCAGCAGUUCUAGCCAUGGAGGUGGAGGUGGAGGUGAUGGAAGUUCUUCAUAUUGGCCUGAAUUGCUCUUUGAUGAGUCCUUCAUGCAUGAGAUUUGUUAGUUGUUUCUUUGGUUAUGGAGUUGUUUGUUUGGGAGGUUUGAUAUUUGACAGGUAUGUAUACAUAUAUGUAUAUACAUACAUAGUACAUACUAUAUGGGGGGCAGGGAUAUAUAUGUAUUGAUAACACAUAUUUACUUGCAAGUUGAUCUUGUAAAUGUUUUUGUGAGGGUAACAUGUGAUGAGUUUGGUUUUGGAAGUUACAAAUCACAAGUUGUCUGGGAAAUUAGAAAUAAAUUGCCCCUAUAUUUUA